AGAAAAAGAAAAGGGAUACAAAUCCGAAUGAAGUCCAAAAUGUACAGAUCUUUAGGUGCGUGGAUGAAGAAAUUAAAGCUUACCUAAUUCAAGACAAUGGACCAAGGUGUGUAGUAACGGAUCUAAUAGUGGAAAU